AGGUGAGGCUCCCGGACCGGAAGGCCUGCUGGAUUUCUUCCACGCUCGCCUCUAGGAUGGGCGAUCGAGUGCCGGAGAGAGAGCACGCCGCGAGCAGCACCGCGACGCCAGGACAAGCAUUUCUUGGAGGAUCAUGAAAAGGUGGUAAGCUUGGAUUUUGUCAUAGAGCAUUGGUCUAUACGAAAAAGAUGCCAAGAGCCAGCCAAAACUGACUUGGUCUUUCGUUUUAGCACUGAUAGUAGUAUAGUACUAGUGUUCUCUCCAUGGCCGAGGAUCAUUCAUCCUUUUCGUUUGGGGUGAUUGCGGAUGUUCAAUUUGGGGACAAAGACGAUGCUGAGGCAUCGGAAGGCAAUGGACGCAUCAAACGAUACAGGGAGGCUCCACAGAAACUGUCUAAAGCUGUGAUGCACUUCAACUCUAGAAGGAGCGAAUUGGAGUUUGUUCUUUCACUCGGAGACAUUAUCGAUGGGAACGUCUCGCCAGAGAAAACCACCGAAGACUUUGAGACGAUCCUGGCUGAACUUCAAAAGCUGGAGCUCCCAGCGUUCCAUGUUUUGGGAAACCACUGCUUGUCAUUGCCGAGGGAAUCAGUCAUGGCACAACUUGGGAUGCCAGCUUCUUACUACGUGCAAGAAAUGAGCCAUGCUUGGUCUCUGGUAGUUCUUGACACAAUGGACAUGAGCACGAAGUGGUCGGAGGACACACAAAACUUCAAGGAAGCCACGGAAUUUCUUCACGCACAUCCUUUGGGCGACGAUCAUCCCCAAAUGUCUUUGUCGAACGGGGGCAUUGGAUCCAUCCAGAUGUCCUGGCUCAAAGAAGUGAUAGCAAACGCAGAGAGGAACAAGAUCAAACUUAUUGUAGCGGCACACCAUCCGGUAGUAGCCGGCUCGGCUCCGGACGGCCUUCUAGCUUGGAACCAUCAAGAGAUCUCCUCGGUGCUCGUGGAAAGCUCAGCCUUUGUGCUCUUUCUGUGUGGGCACCACCAUCCGGGUGGCUACGCAUGUAUCAAUGGCAAGCACUUUGUCACCGUGCAAGCCAUCUUGGAAGCUCCAACAGGCUCACAGGCUCACGCAGUGGUAAAUGUGUUUGAUCGUCACAAAAUCACCAUACAAGGCACCGGUACUGUGAUCAGCCGCGUCCUGGAAAUUUGAUUAAGCCAAAGUUCCUCUAGAAUCAUGAGCUCAAAGUCCAAUGCUUCAUGCUAAUGAAAUACUUUUAAGUUGACUGCA